AUGUCCCUCACAAACUUGACGUUUGAACGUGGCACGGCGCAACUCACCCGAAAUCCCAAGUUGGCGAAUCUCACAAUCGAAACUGUAAAUUUGAAUGGAAACAACAACUUCAAAGAUCUGCUGCUGCCCGUUGACAGCAUGUCAAAUCUUAGUGUCUUUUAUGAGUCGGUUUUGACGCGACUGGAGCUACCGCCGCAGGCCGUCAACUAUACGGACUUUAGCUUUACGGUCAAUUCUUGCCGGAAUCUAAACUUGAGCAGCCAAUUCGCAACCAAUGCAGACGGGACUAUUCGCCAGACAUGGUAUUGGCCGCAGAAAGAUAUGAGCGAUAUCGACAUUGAGGGCAACAUUGCCACCCCUUUCUUGUAA